GGGCGCACGGGCGCACGAGCGGACGGGAGGACGGGCGAGCGCAGCGCCGAGGCCCGGCCAUGGCCACCACCAGCACCACGGGCUCCACCCUGCUGCAGCCUCUCAGCAACGUCGUGCAGCUGCCCAUCGAUCAGGUCAACUUUGUAGUGUGCCAACUCUUUGCCUUGUUAGCAGCCGUUUGGUUUCGAACUUACCUACAUUCAAGCAAAACUAGCUCUUUUAUCAGACACGUAGUUGCUACCCUUUUGGGCCUUUAUCUUGCAUUUUUUUGCUUUGGAUGGUAUGCCUUACACUUCCUUGUACAAAGUGGGAUUUCCUACUGCAUCAUGAUCAUAGCUGGAGUGGAGAGCAUGCAUCAAUGUUGUUUUCUGUUUGCUUUGGGAUACCUCACAGUGUGUCAGAUUACUAGAGUCUAUAUCUUUGAUUAUGGACAAUAUUCCGCUGAUUUUUCAGGCCCAAUGAUGAUCAUUACGCAGAAGAUCACUAGUCUGGCUUUCGAGAUUCAUGACGGGAUGUUUCGGAAGGAUGAAGAACUGACUCCCUCGCAGAGGGGAUUAGCUGUGAGGCGCAUGCCAAGUCUCCUAGAGUAUGUAAGUUAUACCUGCAACUUCAUGGGUAUCCUGGCAGGCCCUCUCUGCUCUUACAAAGACUACAUUACUUUCAUUGAAGGCAGGCCAUCCCACAUGUCACAGGCCAGUGAAAAUGGAAAAGAAGAGCAGCAGCAUGAAAGAGCAGACCCGUCUCCAAACGCAGCAGUUACGGAGAAGCUCCUAGUCUGCGGACUCUCUUUAUUAUUUCACUUGACCAUUUCCAACCUGCUGCCUGUGGAGUACAACAUCGACGAGCAUUUCCAAGCCACCGCAUCGUGGCCAGCCAAAGCCACCUAUCUGUACAUCUCUCUUUUGGCUGCCAGACCUAAGUACUAUUUUGCAUGGACCUUAGCUGAUGCCAUUAACAACGCGGCAGGCUUCGGUUUCAGAGGCUACGACAGGAAUGGAGUGGCUCGUUGGGACUUGAUUUCCAAUCUGAGAAUUCAGCAAAUAGAGAUGUCAACAAGUUUUAAGAUGUUUCUCGAUAAUUGGAAUAUCCAGACAGCUCUUUGGCUCAAAAGGGUGUGUUAUGAACGAGCGACCUUCAGUCCGACAACCCAGACAUUCUUUCUUUCCGCCGUUUGGCACGGGGUCUACCCAGGAUACUACCUGACGUUUCUGACAGGAGUGUUAAUGACGUUAGCAGCGCGGGCUGUGAGAAGUAACUUCAGACAUUAUUUCAUUGAACCCCCUCAGCUGAAGUUGUUCUAUGACAUCCUCACGUGGGCAGCGACACAGAUAACCAUCAGUUACACGGUUGUCCCCUUUGUGCUUCUCUCUAUAAAACCGUCGUUCACGUUUUACAGCUCCUGGUAUUACAGCCUUCACAUCUGCAGCAUCUUAGUGCUGCUCUUGCUGCCUGUGAAGAAGUCUCAAAGAGGAAGGAGCACACCGGAAAACGUUCAGCUCUCAUGGGCCAAAAAGUUUGACGAAAGAGAAAGUUCUCUGGGACAGAACAGCUUUUCCACGACAAACAAUGUUUGCAGUCAGAACCAAGACACUGCCUCUAGACACUCGUCACUGACGCAGUGACUGGGGGAGCGCGUGACGGCGGUUUCCCGUCUGUGAACAGAAAAACCAGUCUUGACGCCUUUCCAGAGACUAACUGGGUGGAAAUGGGACAGUCUCAGUUAGGGGAUUUCCUGUACACCAGAUUGGAAAUGGAAUGAAAUAACCCUCCCCAUGCCAUGUUCCUGUGGGUCACGCCUUAUACAAAAUCUUUCCGUAUUUCAAUAGGGCACUCUGACCUCAGCAUAUGCCCUCAAGGUCAUAUGUGUGCCCUGUUGCUGAAUGUACAUUGCGUAUCCCAAGGCACCGAAGAGGUGGAAAAAUGAUCAUGUCAAUCCGGAUGAUUGACAGGUUAAAUUUUUCCAAAUGAAUGUCUUGCCUUAAACCUCCUGUUUCCUACAAUGUUGUUCCUGGAUGGUAUUUUCCAGGUGAGGAGACAAUUUCAAUAUCUGAUGUGGUGUGCUGCAUAGCGGGAUGGAGGAGGAUUUUUAAACCGGAUAUUUAAGAUUGUGGGUACUUGAAAAAUGCAAUAAACAUCUCAGUAUUUGAAGGGUUUCUUAAGGUAGCUCAGAGGACUGCACACAUUAGGAGAGUCAACAGUCAGGGCUGUCAAAUUACAGGUAGCUUGUUUUGCUGGGAGCUUAAUCACCUGGUGUCGGUUAGGAGGCCCUUUCAGGAGGACGUUCUAAAACGUU